CGAGUGCCGUGCCGCAGGACGCGCGUCACAUCCGGGUCCUCUCUGAAACCAGCGCAACAACGUCCCUGGUCCCCGCGGAAAUAAGUAAAAACCGGAUAAAUCAAGAUCGGCACACGCUCGCCGGCCGCCACACACGCACCCAUGGCCGCGGCGGCGCAGGGCGAAGCGAGCACGGGCACGACGGCGGCGACGUUCCGGCGCGUGUACGAGACCCUCAAGGCCGAGCUUCUCCGGGACGACUCCUUCGACUUCAACGACGACGCCCUCCGAUGGAUCGACGCCAUGUUGGACUACAACGUGCUUGGUGGAAAGCUGAACCGCGGCUUGGCUGUUGUUGAGAGCUACAAAUUGUUGAAAGCAGGAUCCGAACCAAGCGAGGAGGAAGAGUUCCUUGCUUGCAUUCUUGGCUGGGGCAUUGAAUGGCUUCAGGCUUAUUUCCUCAUUCUUGAUGAUAUUAUGGAUAAUUCCCAAACUAGGCGAGGAAAACCAUGUUGGUAUAGGCUUCCAAAGGUUGGCCUCAUUGCUAUAAAUGAUGGACUUGUCCUGCGCAGCCAAAUAUCACGGAUCUUCAAGCGUUAUUUUCACGGGAAACCUUACUAUGUUGAUCUCCUAGACUUAUUCAAUGAGGUCGACUUCAAGACGACUUCUGGCGAGUUGUUAGACCAAAUUACAACAAGUGAAGGGCAAAAAGAUCUGAGCAAAUACACUGUAGAUGUUUACAGGCGCAUUGUAGAAUACAAAACAGCUUACUAUUCAUUCUAUUUGCCGGUCGGUUGUGCACUGCUGUUGUCCGGUGGGAGUUUGGAUGAUUAUGUUCAAGUGAAGCAUAUCCUAGUUGAAAUGGGUAUUUACUUCCAAAUUCAGGUGAUACUUUUCAUAGUACAUUUAUCUUGUCACUUUAAGACAUACUUUCUUUUCGGUAUUUAUGUUCUCGAAAGUGGUAUAAUCGCCAGAUUCUCCUUUCAGGACGAUUAUCUUGACUGUUUUGGUGAUCCAGAAGUUAUGGGCAAGAUUGGAACUGAUAUCGAAGACUUCAAGUGCUCUUGGCUGUUUGUUCAAGCACUAGUGCGUGUCGAUGAGAGGCAAAAAGACAUCUUAUUUGAAAAUUACGGGAAAUCAGAUCCUGCUUGUGUUGCAAAAGUGAAGGCGCUGUAUAAAGAGCUCAAUCUGGAGGCGGUGUUCUCUGAGUACGAAAGGGAGAUUUACGAAAAGCUGAUCUCAGACAUCGAAGCGCAGCCGAAUGAAGCUGUGCAGGCAGUGUUGAAAUCGUUUUUGCAUAAAAUCUACAGAAGGAUGAAGUAGGAAUGUUCUUGCGUACAAAGAGAUUGUUGGGUGGAAUGAGUUCUUUGGUGUCGGCGCAUGCAAGAUGAAUAGUAGUAUUAAAUACUUAUGAAUAAGCAGUAUGACUGAUCAUAUUGAAUAGUCAGAGUUUUUGCUUUAUAUUCGCGAACAACAAAGCAUUUCCAUGCAAAAGAACAGAAUAUAAGAAAUUUACUCC